AUGCAGCACUGGGCCCGGCGCCUGGAGCAGGAAAUUGAUGGUGUGAUGCGGAUUUUUGGAGGUGUCCAGCAACUCCGAGAGAUCUACAAGGACAAUCGGAACCUGUUUGAAGUACAGGAGAAUGAGCCUCAGAAAUUGGUGGAGAAGGUGGCAGGGGACAUCGAGAGCCUGCUAGACAGGAAGGUGCAGGCCCUGAAGAGACUGGCUGAUGCUGCGGAGAACUUCCAGAAAGCCCACCACUGGCAAGACAACAUCAAGGAAGAAGACAUCAUGUACUAUGAUGCCAAAGCCGAUGCAGAGCUGGAUGACCCAGAGAGUGAGGAUGUGGAAAGAGGAUCCAAAACCAGCACCCUGAGGCUGGACUUCAUGGAGGACCCAAACUUCAAGAACAAGGUCAACUAUUCAUACACAGCUGUACAGAUCCCCACGGACAUCUACAAAGGCUCCACCAUCAUCCUCAAUGAGCUUAACUGGACAGAGGCCCUGGAGAAUGUGUUCAUCGAGAAUCGCAGGCAAGACCCUACACUAUUAUGGCAAGUCUUUGGCAGCGCUACGGGAGUCACCCGAUACUAUCCAGCUACCCCAUGGCGAGCCCCCAAGAAGAUUGACCUGUAUGACGUCCGAAGAAGACCCUGGUAUAUACAGGGGGCCUCAUCGCCCAAGGACAUGGUCAUCAUUGUGGAUGUGAGUGGCAGCGUGAGCGGCCUGACCCUGAAGCUGAUGAAGACAUCCGUCUGUGAGAUGCUGGACACGCUCUCUGAUGAUGACUAUGUGAAUGUGGCCUCAUUCAACGAGAAGGCGCAGCCUGUGUCUUGCUUCACACACCUGGUGCAGGCCAAUGUGCGUAACAAGAAGGUGUUCAAGGAAGCUGUGCAGGGCAUGGUGGCCAAGGGCACCACAGGCUACAAGGCCGGCUUUGAGUAUGCCUUUGAUCAGCUGCAGAAUUCCAACAUCACCCGGGCCAACUGUAAUAAGAUGAUUAUGAUGUUCACGGAUGGUGGCGAAGAUCGUGUACAGGAUGUCUUUGAAAAAUACAAUUGGCCCAAUCGGACGGUGCGUGUGUUCACGUUCUCUGUAGGGCAGCAUAACUAUGAUGUCACACCCCUGCAGUGGAUGGCCUGCACUAACAAAGGUUACUAUUUUGAGAUUCCUUCCAUUGGAGCCAUCCGCAUCAACACGCAGGAAUAUCUAGAUGUGUUGGGCAGGCCCAUGGUGCUGGCUGGCAAGGAUGCCAAGCAGGUGCAAUGGACAAACGUGUAUGAGGAUGCCCUGGGGCUGGGGUUGGUGGUAACAGGGACUCUCCCGGUUUUCAACCUGACACAGGAUGGACCUGGGGAAAAGAAGAACCAGCUAAUCCUAGGUGUGAUGGGCAUCGACGUGGCUCUGAAUGACAUCAAAAGGCUGACUCCCAACUACACACUUGGCGCCAAUGGCUAUGUAUUCGCCAUUGACCUGAACGGCUAUGUGUUGCUGCAUCCCAAUCUCAAGCCCCAGACCACCAACUUCCGGGAGCCUGUGACUCUGGACUUCCUGGAUGCAGAGCUGGAGGAUGAGAACAAGGAGGAGAUCCGUCGGAGCAUGAUUGAUGGCAACAAGGGCCACAAGCAGAUCAGAACAUUGGUCAAGUCCCUGGAUGAGAGGUACAUAGAUGAGGUGAUUCGGAACUACACCUGGGUGCCUAUAAGGAGCACCAACUACAGCCUGGGGCUGGUGCUCCCACCCUACAGCACCUUCUACCUCCAAGCCAACCUCAGCGACCAGAUCCUGCAGGUCAAGUAUUUUGAGUUCCUGCUCCCCAGCAGCUUUGAGUCUGAAGGACAUGUUUUCAUUGCUCCCAGAGAGUACUGCAAGGACCUGAAUGCCUCAGACAACAACACCGAGUUCCUGAAAAACUUCAUUGAGCUCAUGGAGAAAGUGACUCCAGACUCCAAGCAGUGUAAUAACUUCCUUCUGCAUAACCUGAUCUUGGACACAGGCAUCACGCAGCAGUUGGUGGAACGUGUAUGGCGGGACCAGGACCUCAACACGUAUAGCCUGUUAGCCGUAUUUGCUGCUACUGAUGGUGGUAUCACACGUGUCUUCCCCAACAAGGCAGCUGAGGACUGGACAGAGAACCCUGAGCCCUUCAAUGCCAGCUUCUACCGCCGAAGCCUGGAUAACCAUGGUUAUGUCUUCAAGCCCCCACACCAGGACUCCCUGUUAAGGCCGCUGGAGCUGGAGAAUGACACAGUGGGCGUCCUUGUCAGCACAGCCGUGGAACUCAGUCUAGGCCGGCGCACACUGAGGCCAGCAGUGGUGGGCGUCAAGCUGGACCUAGAGGCUUGGGCUGAAAAGUUCAAGGUGCUCGCCAGCAACCGUACCCACCAGGACCAGCCUCAGAAGCAGUGCGGCCCCAGCAGCCACUGUGAGAUGGACUGCGAGGUUAAUAAUGAGGACCUACUCUGUGUCCUCAUUGAUGAUGGAGGAUUUCUGGUGCUGUCAAACCAGAACCAUCAGUGGGACCAGGUUGGCAGGUUCUUCAGUGAAGUGGAUGCCAACCUCAUGCUGGCACUCUACAAUAACUCCUUCUACACACGCAAGGAGUCCUAUGACUAUCAGGCAGCCUGUGCCCCCCAGCCUUCUGGCAACCUGGGUGCUGCACCCAGGGGUGUCUUUGUGCCCACCAUUGCAGACUUCCUUAACUUGGCCUGGUGGACCUCUGCUGCCGCCUGGUCUUUAUUCCAGCAGCUUCUUUAUGGCCUCAUCUACCACAGCUGGUUCCAGGCAGACCCGGCGGAAGCCGAGGGGAGCCCCGAGACCCGCGAGAGCAGCUGCGUCAUGAAGCAGACCCAGUACUACUUUGGCUCGGCGAACGCCUCCUACAAUGCCAUCAUCGACUGCGGAAACUGCAGCAGGCUGUUCCACGCGCAGAGACUGACCAACACCAAUCUUCUCUUCGUGGUGGCGGAGAAGCCGCUGUGCAGCCAGUGCGAGGUCAGCCGGCUGCUGCAGAAGGAGACACACUCGGACGGCCUGGAGCAGUGUGAGCUGGUGCAGAGACCGCGGUACCGAAGAGGCCCGCACAUCUGUUUCGACUACAACGCGACGGAGGAUACCUCAGACUGUGGCCGCGGAGCCUCCUUCCCUCCGUCACUGGGCGUGGUGGUUUCCCUCCAGCUACUGCUCCUUCUGGGCCUGCCGCCGCGGCCGCAGCCUCAAGUGCACUCCCUUGCUGCCUCCCGCCGCCUCUGAGCGACCCCCCCCCCAAACACACCCUACCCCCACCCCGGCCUCCUCCCCUCUCACCCACCUUCCCAUCCCGCAUUCCCCACCCUAGCGCCCUGCCACUCCCUCAGUGAAGGACCUGGGCCCCCCUGAGAGCCUGUGCCUUGGGGGUAGGGAAGCCCCAAAGGAGAGUGUCAUGGUGUUUGACACUCAAGAUUCAUCUCAGCGCUGAACUGUCCCAAGUGCAGAUCUUGGGCUCAUCCAGGGGUCUGGGACCAGAGGCCACAUGUACUGGUGCCAAACCAGGCCUCUGCUGCCCAACCUGCCUGGAGGCUUCCUCUGUAUAGGCAACCCUGCCUCUGCUGGAUGCCUCCAACCUGGCCCUUUGGCCCCAUCCAAACCGAAACCUAGCUAUCCUGAGGGGAAAAAAAAAAAUGAAGGAAGGUGAGAUGGAAGUGGUGGGAGAGAGGUUCUGGGGCAGCCCCCAAUGGGUUCCUGCUCCUUUCAGACCAACAGCCACAGUGCAUACUCCAUCCAGCCUUGCAGGUGGGGACAGUCUCAAACAAUGACAUCGGUUUAGACACACACCUGGACCCCUGAGGGCAGAAACUGGACUCACACUAGACAUACCGGAAGGCACACAAAAACAGACACAGACACACACCACAGGGGGCUCACAAAGCCUUACACAGGGCAAGAGUUUGGUGGGAAGGCUGGCACCUGUACAUUCCAUCUCCUACUCACCUCCGCCUCUAUUCUGAGAUGCAGCCCUGCUGGUCCUCCCAUCUCUAAAGCUGAAUGUCAAACAGUGCCAAAUGCUGGGGCAGAGGGGGAAGGCCCCUCUGUUCCACUCCUAACCACCAGUGUCCCCCAAGUGCCCCUUACCCUGCCAGGUGCUCAUUGUAACCAUUUCUCACUAGUGUCAGGCCCCCAGCAGGACCACUUAUCACUGCCUGAACCCUUCAGCAGAGGAACCCUCACCAGACCUUGCUCCUUGCCUUAGCAGGGGUGACUUGGUCUCUCCUGAUUGGGCCAUCCCACCCCCAAUCUGGCUCUAACACCCUCAGGCUCACUCCCUGUCUCUCUCUCUCUCUCUCUCUCUCUCUCUCUCUCUCUCUCUCUUUUUGCAGGCACGCACUCUCAUGCACUCCUUGCCCCCAGGAGGCCAAAUUGCCCCUUCCCUGUUGACCACACACUUGCACAUACACACAUAUAUACACUGCACACACAGAGCUGGGCCUGGGCACAUCUCUCCACACUAUCCAUUCUGGUCAUUUCCCCCAAAGGUAUCCUAUCCUGGAGGCCAGUAGGGGACUGAGGGCAGGAGAAUGUAGCCAUGAGGCUCAGAUGGACUGGGAGGAGGGGGGAGGGUGAUGCAUUAAUUAAUGGUUCCGUUAAUUAAUGUCAUGUUGCUUGUCAAUUUCUCAGUGUGUGUAUGGUCCAUGCCCGCUGCUGGUGCCAGGGUGGGUAUCCAUGAUGUGUGCCCAGCCUGGAUGUCAGCUGUGUCCUGUGGGGACGCGUGUGUAACUGUAGUGUAGUCAGGUGCUCAAUGGAGAUUAUAAACAUAAAAAAGAAACAAACACAUACAGAAAAAUAUAUAUUUUAAGUUUAAAAAGCAAAAAACAGACAAAACAAUCCCCAUCAGGUAGCUGUCCAACCCCCAGCUGGGUCUGAUCCUUCUCAUCACCCACCUGACCUGGCUGCCCCCUCACCUUGGGCUAGGGGGCUGGGGGACCAUUUCUUUUUCUCUGCCCUUUUUUUUGUUGUUGUUAUUCUAUUUUGUACAGACAAGUCGGAAAAACAACAGCGACAAAAAAGUCAAGAAACUUUGUAAAAUAUCGUGUGUGUGAUUCCUUGUAAAAUAUUUUCAAAUGGUUUAUUACAGAAGAUCAGUUAUUAAAUAAUGUUCAUAUUUUCACUUCAAA